AGCGCCAUAUUCUCUAAGUGAAUCGCCCUCUGGUCUUGUUUGAAUUCAACGGUCGCUUCUUCCUUCCGUUCAAACGCGUGGGAUUGCAUCAUGUCGGCGCACAAGACGUUUAUUAUUAAGCGAAAGCUUGCGAAGAAGCUGAAGCAAAAUAGACCGAUUCCCCAGUGGGUCAGAAUGAGAACGGGUAAUACUAUCCGAUACAAUGCUAAGAGGCGUCACUGGAGGAGGACAAAGCUGAAGUUGUAAACGUGUACUUUAAUUAUUUUUAUUCCGUCGUCGGCUAUGUAAGCCAUCAUGCUGAGGAAAGAAAUAAAUUAAGUUGAUUCGAAGGUG